GCCAGUUCUGGAGUAUCAGCCGUCAUGCGAGGUGUAUUCCUUGGCCUCCUGCUUCUGCUCUUCGCCAUAGUGGCAACGAGGGCCCUCAAUUGCCAGCCAUGCAAGCUACUGGAGGCCCGCAAGACGCAUGCCAACGAAACCCACACACGGGAGGAAGAAAGGCGGGGGCGUCGUGCCAAAUAAUCAGC